AUGCCUGUUCUCAGCAAGGUUGCGGUUGGAGAUGUCGAUGACGGUGACGGUGACGAUUUGCGCGACUUCAUUGUCCCUGAUGACGCAGAGAUCGAGUACGAGGGUGAUAGACCGGCCAAGAAGAAGUCGGACGCUAAGAAGCGGAAGUCAGCGAUCAAGAACCAGAAGUCAGCAAGCGAGAAGCAGAAGACUCGCCAAAGCAAGAGCGCAGAAGGUUCAGCGUCUUCGCGCAAGAGCGGCGUGAACAAUGAUCAGAGUGCUCCUGACUUGAUUGGCACGAAGCGUCUAGAGUCUGUCAACAAAGACAAGAUCAAGGCAACAUGGAAGCUGUGGGAGAAACACGAGGUUCGCCCAGAUGCCAAUGACUUGUCUCAGGCUGAUGCCGACAAGCUCAACGCCUGCAUCAUCGACGGGACAAUGUUACGUCGAGUCGCUAAAAAGGACCUCCGCGGCCUCCUCAACUCGGACAACUUCUACCAGUACAAGAAGAAGCUCUACAUCACUAUCCCUGGAUUUAAGGCCAGCGACUAUGCUCGCGCCGCGCCACAGCAGAUCCGCAAGCAGUUGUUUGGGCAGCCUUUGAAGCGGUUUUCGUACCGACAGUGGCUAGCACAGGCCAUUCUGUACGGCCAUCCGCCUCUCUUGACGAUUCCCGAAAUCGAACAGGCGUUUAUUGCCAAAAUUCGCGCAAACGAAAAAUGGGAUGCAUGGCCAUCCAAGUUUGGCGAUGAGUUUAGCCGCCGCUUGCGGAUAUUUCCUGAUCCCGACGAUCGCUUCGUCAAAGUCGAAGAUGGCGAAGAUGUAACAACCAGCACAGGACGAGGUCCGGAAGCGGAUUUGAGCAUUCCCUCACCAGCAGAACGACACGGUGGAUCUGCAGCACUACGGUCCCCUACCACUGUCAGCGAUGGGGACACUGAGAUGGACCUGGACGAGAGUCCAAAUUACGCUGCGACCCCGAGGCGGGCAUCAGCGUAUCAAGAAGGGGACGGCGAAUUUUCGCCGACUACUACUCGAACUCGGUCGGCCCGGAAGGAAGCGAUAAACCGGGUCUACGAGCACCCUCUUCAGGAGGGCCUCAGCAUAGUCAUUCCACGGCGCUCAUUCGAGGCACCUCCAUUCAGUCGGUCAGCAUUGGUGCCGGUCGCUGAAGCCCACCCCGAGCAUAUUCAUGACCUUGACCCGAUUCCGCAGCAAGCCGAUGGACACGUAACGAAUGAUGCCAUCGAGGAUGUGACGGAACAAGACCUCGAGAAUAUGUCAGAGAAGGAGCAGAUCCAACGAGCAAAAGACCGGAGUCUUCGUCCGUCAACGAAUGUUAACGCUGCCAACUUUGUCCACAGUGCUGACCUGGUGGAGCGAGAGUCGCAAGCUUCAGGUCGAGAAGCCCGGGAGACGACCAUCGAACUUCCUUUCCACACCAAGGGUGGCACUCAGGCAAGCACAGAUGCCGACGCAGAGUCCUCCACGAAGAAGCGAAAGCAUAAGAAAGAGGCGACAGCCGCCCAACAUCCCUCAAAAGCUGUCUCUUCGGCCGCCACCGCCCGGUCGGCUGUUGACAUCGAAAUCGACGAAUUGCGCAUUUCGUGCGCACAGUUGAGAGAAUGGGCCCGACAAUUGUCGCGGAACGAUGCUGUGCCGCUUCUACAAGGCACCGACAUGCAGCCGUUUCAGCUUUAUCUUGAUCCAGACGACUCCCUCAAUUAUCUAGUCUCCAUUGGCGGCGAGUGCUUCUCCGACUUCAUGCCUGUGAUUGCGAUGGGCAAGGCCAUCAAAAAGUUUCAGGAGGACGCCAUCAUUCAGAUACGGUUGCUUGGGUCUCUCAAUCGCCCCAGAGCGCCAGGUGCUACAAGACCAAAUCUUGGUUCUCGAAGACGGACUACGGGAAAAGAAAUCAUGGCGUAUAUCAUGUCCCGACAUCCGCAUUUCGACCCUAAGCUCGGGCCGGCUCCGAAGAUGCGCGGCUCGGGAGAACAGGAAGAUUCCAGCUCCGCUCUUUCAAAGGGAGAGUCUCCCAGUACUAGGAAGCGGAAGUCUCCAGGGAACGACGACAACCUCGGCAAUACUAGGGGCCACGAUCAAAGCAGGCAUUCGGCGAAGAAGGCAAAGGUGAAGAAGAACAGUGUGCUCGAAGAAGAAGAGAUCGACACCUCAACUAUUCCGGGCGUGGAUGCAGUCAUGUCGGAUGUCGGAGCUACCUCGAGUACAUCGGCUGCGUCGCAGCGCAAGACCAUUCAAGCCGCCGCGCGUGACAUUGGCCAGAGCCCGGCUCAUCGAGGCAUGAACAGCCACGCCUUACAACAGAGUCCUCCUGAGAAGCGCGGUUCGAGAGAUGUGCCACAGGCGGAUGAGCCAGUCGAUGAAUCCUUCACAGAGCCGUCGGUUGAUACUAUCGAUCCUGCAAGCCUACAAAACGCCGAGGGAAGAUAUGUCUGCCGAUGGAAGAAUUGUGCCUCCAGUUGCAAAACUCUGCAGGAUCUAUUCAUGCACGCCGCGCAACACGAACUGCCUCAUGAUAGAUGUAGAUGGAACAAAUGUGGGCUGAAGGGGUUGGACGUCAGAGAUGAUUUCGUCAGACAUCUGUACAGUCAUGUGCCCUACCGAGUCUACCGUUGUGACAAAUGCGACAACGGCUAUGCAAUCCCCAGCAGUCUGCGGUCCCACUUUGUAAACUGGCAUACAGGAUUUGCGCCGCCCAGGUACGACAAAGCUACGCUGGUGCAGAUCAGUCCCUCGAAACCUGACCCGAGCAUGACGCGACCAAGUAGGUCAAAGGCUGGCGGAGGUUCAGCUGACGGAGGCCUGCCGAGCGCUUCUUCACAGCGAGCUACGGUCGGUCACGCCUCAAGCAGUGGGGAGGAAGAGGAAUCCGACAGAGAUGAAGAUGUCUCAAUGACAGAUCAAGUGUCGAUGGCCGGGAACGACGACGUUCCGAUAGCUGGGGAGGGCGCUGCGGACGCGAGUGGUGCUAGCAGCGACCGGAAGGUUAUCGACAUCUCAGACGAUGAAGACAGCACCGGCUCUGACCAGGAGGACUUCAUUGGCAGAUACCCCGAAGCUGAUGGCACCGGCAGCCGGAUUGAUCACAGUGACAACGCCAGUGAGCAUAAUGGCUCAGCUGACGGGACAGACCACGGCAGCGACUCGAACAACGAUAGUGAUUCAGACAGCGUGAGCGAUCAGGUCAGUGACGACGGUUCAGCCGCUGGCUCCGCGUCAAGCAGAGACAACACCUCCGACAGCGACAGCGAUUUGAGCAAAGACAGUGACUCAAGCUGUGGAUCUGAUAGGCAGUCGGUCAGAUCAGAACACGCGAACGCUGCCGACGACGAGAGCGAGCCACCUCUGGAAUCGCUAUCGCUUGAGCAACAUCUGUUGGGUCCCCACUUGCGCCUGCGCCGCGAGCGUGCAGCUCUCACAAGCGAUAUCCGGCUCCGGGAGGAGGUCCUUUCUAAGCACCAGCGUACUCUCAAUCAUGCAGAGACGCUGGAUGCACACAUCUUCAAGACACAGGAAAGACUAUUACGGCUUCCUAAAACAGAUCCUUUGAGGCCCGCGGUGGAAGCCAAGUACGAGCGCCAACUGAAGCAGAUACCUGUAUUCAAACGAGCUCUUCGGAAAACUCCCGCUCUGCUGAGAGAUGUCGACGCUAGAAUUGCUGCGCAGCCACAGACUGUGCGCACUACACAACUCUUGGUCGACACCCUCCGUCGUGCUCGGGCGAAGAAGCCAUUCCCUCCUGAACUGCUGGAGAGGGACAAUAAGGGCGGCCCCAUUUUCGCACAUGAGUUUCAACUACUCUGCGAAGCUGCCAACCGAUUGAGAGACGCAAGACGUAAUGGCUGGACUGCCGGAACAGCACAAAUGUCGCAGCUUACCAACCGGCGCAAUCGCCUGGACAAUAUGUACCAUCACAUUCGCGAUGGCAAAGUCUGCACCGUCGCUGAAGCUCAGUUGCUCAGCGCUCAAGCGGAUCACGGUCGCACCUGUGCCGCAUUUCGUGGUACGGAUGCUGUCGGCGCUGGAGUGGUUGACCCGAGCGUGAGUACUGCUUAUGCGGGAGUGCUGCGUGCUCUCAAGAGAGUGGAGGAGCAAGAAGCUGGCAAGGGAGAUAGUCAGGACUGGAAUGGCAGCCCAGGGACGCGAUGA